UCCUUGAACUCUGGAAGUAUAUUCCCUCAAAGUCCUUCUCUCGCUCUCUCUCAAAUUCCAUUUUCCCAGCACAGAGAUCACCCAGCGCAUGGUUAGAGUUGUAAAUUUAUAAUCUUCCUCGUCCGGUUUACAGUCUAAACCCCGGCACCAAGGCGUCUCAAAGGUCACCUGAGUUAAGCUGUGCAAAUUAAAACUCCAAUUUUAAUGGAGGGACCAGGAGGUGAUAUGACCACAGUGGUGCCGCUUGCCAAGUGGAGAAGCGAGUUUUCGAGGACCUUUCAGUAUUAUUUGGACCGAUCGACGCCUCACCCACUUCAGAGGUGGCUAGGAACACUUGCAGUUGCAAUGAUUUACGUUUUGCGUGUUUACUAUGUAAAAGGUUUCUAUGUUGUUUCCUAUGGUCUGGGGAUCUAUGUCUUGAACCUCUUGAUUGGGUUUCUGUCGCCAAAGAUUGAUCCAGAGCUUGAAGCAUUGGGCGGGGCUUCUUUGCCAACAAAAGGUUCUGAUGAAUUCAAGCCUUUCAUUCGCCGUCUCCCAGAAUUUAACUUCUGGUAUUCCAUCACGAAGGCUUUUAUUGUUGCAUUUGUCUUGACCCUCUUUUCUGUGUUGGAUGUACCUGUGUUCUGGCCAAUCUUGCUCUGCUACUGGGUUGUACUAUUUGUCCUCACGAUGAAACGACAAAUCCUACACAUGAUCAAAUACAAAUAUAUCCCAUUCGAUCUUGGAAAGCAGAGGUAUACUGGUAAGAAGUCAGCUGGAACUAGUAGCCGUUCAAAUAGAGACUAAAAGCUAUAAAUGUGCUGAUCCAAGAGAAAGAAGAAAAGAGAUGCUGAAGACCUGAAUAUGGUUCAAGGAGAAAUGGGAAAUUUAGACUUUGAACACGGUUGUAGAUAUUCGAACAUGUACUUCACCGUGUAUAAUUGAAUUGGAUUUGAGAAAUCAUUUUUAGGCAGAAGGUUCACUUUUGGCCUUCGCUUUUUCUGUAGUUGAGCAAAAAUUCAUGCAUGUUGAAUUAAGAUUUUGUUUCUUAUA